AUUGCCCAAGUGAGUAAAAUGUCCCAGAACGGGGAAGGCUAAACCUCAGGAUUAAAGUGUUGCAGCCCACUCCCUCCCCUCCCCUUUUUUAUUUAUUUUUCCCUCAAGCUUCAAGCCAAACACAAAAGGAGACCAUGUCAUGCUGACCACCAUGAAGUAGUAAGGCUGGAUUUAAGGUGCGUUGUGUGUGAGUAUGUGUGGUGUUCUGUUUCCCCCUCACCAUCUACUAAUAUUUCCAGAAAAUGAAUAAUUCAAGGAUUGCCUGGUAACAGGGAGAUACUCGAUAGCACCGCCUCUGGAUAAUAAAAAAAAGCCUGGCGAUCAGGUGAAACAAUACCUCAAUCUUCCACUUUUUUUCCUCUCUCCUUUUCUUUUGAUGUAACUGUAACAGAAGACUUGAAAGAAAACACCCUGCUCUUUUUUUCUCUUUAAAGCUGUGUUCUUUUUCUCUCCAAUGCCUGUUUCCAGUCAGCAAUCCACAAGUAUCGGGCGCUCUCAGAGCUGGGACGCUGCUGGAUGGCAUGAGGGGAAUUGGGAAGGGGAAAACAGCUACCAGUACCACCCCAGGGCACCAAGACGGAGAAACUCUUUGACGUACGGGGGAGACGGUGGUGGAGGCUGGGACGAGCCACCACCAGAGUUACGGUGGAACGAACUCGAGCUCAGGAGGGAACCCUAUUCCUACCAAGACUCUCUGUACGACCAGGGCUACCCUGAGAGGCAUGAGCACCGGUCCGUGAGAAAGAGCUCAGUCCCGGAUCUGAACAGCUACUACGAGAGGCAGACAGACGCUGCCAUGACGGGAAGGGGCUCCUUGCCUCCUCAGGAUUACUACCACCACGACCCUGCGAUAGCAGCCCGGCCACCUGAAGAUCCUCGAGGCUUUUAUAAGGGAGAGCAGCAAACGCUUAGCAGAUCAGCUUCACAUUAUGGGAUAACCAGUGGAGGACGACCAACUUGGGAUCAAGGACAAUCCAGGCCUCCUCCCCCCCCACCAACGGCUCACGAGAUGAGCCGAGUGUACAGGGAAUCUGCUGCCUCUAAGAUGAUAUCAGACGGGCAGCGCAUACGGAGCAGGGACCCUUCUCUUACCAGGUACGGAGUAGAAACAGCAAUUCCCAGGUACGGGGCAGAACCACCCCCUAUGAGCGGCCGCUCCGUCUACAACGAUGUCAAUGGCCGUCCCUUGGACCCCCGGCAAGCCACAGCCACCUGCUUGGUGGUUGAUCCAGCCACCCAGGCUUUGGACGGCAACCCGGAGAACCAUCACCGUGGGCUUGGGAUGAGGCAGGAGGGCGCCAACUCUUACAGCUCAGCAACCGGGCAGAAAAUGGCCUACGAUGGUUACGACGGUAGUGCUGGCGCCAGUACUAACCCAAUGGGACUUGCUCAACACCCGUCACAGAAGAAAAACAUAGAUUCUGAUUUCCUUGCUCUGCUGCGGGCUGAGGGCCUCUCGGAGAGCACCAUUAGCGCCCUCCUUCAGCAGGGCUUCGACUCGACCAGCCUCUUGGCUAUGAUGGAGGAGAAUGACGUGCGUUCGGUGGCGCCCAAUCUCGGGCAGGCCCGCGUGUUGUCCCGCAUGGCUCGCAACUACAAGAUGGAGCUGCAGCGGCAGCACGAAGCUCCAGUCAGCGUGCAUCAACAUCUGCGGACCCGCUCCAACAGCUUCAGCCACCGCAACGACCUCUACCAGCAGCAGCAGCAGCAGCAGCAGCUGCAGCUGCAAAACAUGGACCCCAGCGCCCUGCAGCAGCCGCCCAUCUCCAUGCAGCCUGCCUCGUCCAGGAUGGGGGAUGUCAUUGGCAGGAGGCCCUCCAGCGCCCCAACCCAGCACCUGCUGGAAACCGCCACCUAUGGCCCUGGGAUAGGGGCGCGCUCUCCUGCGGGUUUCCCGGCCAGUCCCGGCAGCUACAACACACCUGUCUCCCAGAACCGCCCCAUGUCAGCCUAUUCAGCCAACUCUGGGGUCGCCAUGACCACCACGCAACAUCCGAGUCUUCUGAGCUCGGCCCCAAAGACGGCGUACUCCACUACCUACACCAUACCCAUGGAGCUCAUGAAGCGAGACCGCAGCCUGUCGGCCAUGUCGCCCAUGCACAGCCCACACUGCAGCCCCCAGGUCCUCCGCAAGGGGUCCCAGCAGGAGGCCUCUCUGAUGCACAGUGGCUCCACUCUCCAGGCGCAAAACGUUAAUGCUGCCAACCAGAAGCUCACCCGGCGCACAGGGCCGCCAGUCAUCAUCUCCACAAUGGCGUCGCCUGACUCAAGUAUCCGCCCCCAGAUCAUGAACGGCCCCAUGCACCCCCGGCCCCUGGUGGCGCUGUUGGAUGGGAGGGAUUGUACUGUGGAGAUGCCCAUCCUCAAAGACCUGGCAACGGUGGCCUUCUGUGAUGCCCAAUCCACACAGGAGAUCCACGAAAAGGUGCUGAAUGAAGCAGUGGGUGCCAUGAUGUACCACACCAUCACCCUGACCCGAGAGGACCUGGAGAAGUUCAAGGGUCUGAGAGUCAUCAUCCGAAUAGGCAGCGGCUACGACAACAUCGACAUCAAGGCAGCCGGCGAACUCGGGAUCGCGGUGUGCAACAUCCCCUCUGCGGCGGUGGAGGAGACAGCUGACUCGACGCUCUGCCACAUCCUGAACCUGUACCGGCGGAACACGUGGCUGUACCAGGCGCUGCGCGAGGGCACGCGUGUGCAGAGUGUGGAGCAGAUCCGCGAGGUGGCGUCAGGGGCCGCGCGCAUCCGAGGGGAGACGCUGGGCCUCAUCGGCUUCGGGCGCGCUGGGCAGGCGGUAGCAGUCCGGGCGAAGGUGUUCGGCUUCAACGUGCUUUUCUACGACCCGUACCUGCAGGACGGGCUGGAGCGGUCGCUGGGGGUGCAGCGCGUCUACACCCUGCAGGACCUGCUGUACCAAAGCGACUGCGUCUCACUGCACUGCAACCUCAAUGAGCACAACCACCACCUGAUCAACGACUUCACCAUCAAACAGAUGAGGCAGGGCGCGUUCCUGGUGAACUCUGCACGGGGCGGCCUUGUUGACGAGAAAGCCCUGGCCCAGGCUCUAAAGGAGGGGAGAAUACGGGGGGCAGCCCUGGACGUCCACGAAUCAGAGCCUUUCAGUUUUGCCCAGGGCCCUCUGAAAGAUGCUCCUAAUUUAAUCUGUACACCACAUACUGCCUGGUACAGUGAGCAGGCAUCGCUGGAGAUGAGGGAAGCAGCCGCCUCAGAGAUUCGACGAGCCAUCACUGGUCGCAUUCCGGACAGCCUUAGAAACUGUGUGAACAAAGAGUUCUUCAUCACCACCUCUCCCUGGUCAGUCAUGGACCAGCAGGUUGUCCAUCCAGACCUCAACGGCGCCACCUACAGGUACCCCCCCGGCAUGGUCGGGGUGGCACCAGGAGGAAUCCCAGGCGCGAUGGAGGGCAUGGUGCCAGGCGGGGUGCCAGUGCCUCACAGCCUGCCCACAGUCACACACCCCUCGCAAGCCCCCUCACCGAACCAGCCCACGAAGCACAGAGAAAACAGAGAGCAUCUAACUGAGCAAUAGCACUAGAACCAGAGCACUCAAACCUACACACCUGGGACCAAGAGACACUGAGCACAACCGCCGAGACUCAGCACUGGCAGCAGAGACAUGGACCACCAACUUGGACUCUUCGUUUCUAUUCCUUUAUUUUGUUGCAUAUUAUUAUUAUUAUUAUUAUUAUUAUUAUUAUUAUUAUUAUUAUUAUUAUUUUUUGGAUGUUCCAGUGUUACCUACAAGUACAUGAUGGUGAGAAACAAGCUGUGAUGAUGCUAAGCCCCUUUGAAAAGUCACUACUCAGAAGUACCUCGCCCUCAACUUUUAUGUUAGUUAAUGUGUGAUUUUGUGUUCCCUCUCGGUUUCUUCUCUUUUUGACUCCAGACGUGAAUAUUGCUUUUGUUCCUCCAGUAGAAAUAGAAACAAAAUAAUAAUGAAAUAUAUAUAUAUAUAUAUAUAUAUAACCAGACAUCCGAAAAGGAAUUAAAGUCGUCCACACCAGCGGCAAUCGACAGAGUGAACUUUGACCCUUUCCUGACCAAGCCCUACUACCUUGGACCUUGACCUUCAUCGUCCAAUAAAAAAAGGCAUUGGAAGGAAACAGUUUUCACUUCAACUUCAGCUUUAAUGAUGGGGGAGAGUUCAAUAUAAGAGCACAGUCAAAAUGAGUGCAAGUGAAAUCUUACAUUCUAUUAAGAGUGUGUAUUUUCCAUUGAGUGUUGAAGUAUUGAGUAAAACACAAUUUUGAAUAUUAAAGGCUACACAUAGGUCCCUGUAAUAUAUACUGUACAAGGCUAUAGGCCCAUUGAGAUGUCUAAAGUGAAACAUUUGCGCUACACCUUUAGUGUGGCGAAUACUUGUGUUCACAGCUUCAGAAUAAUUCAGAGAAAGGGAAGAUCCAAACUUGGAAUACACAAUCGUUCAGACAACCCAGGAACUACAAGAUAGCUGGUUUUUUUUUUUUGUUAAAAGGAGUGCACACAGCAAAACAUGAUUUAAUUUCAGUAUUAAUUAGGAAAUAUGCCAGACGGCAUGCGAUAUUUAAUUUGUAUGAAUUAAAAGGCAGCUUGUAAUACUUUUGUCUAUAAUAGAAAGUGUGCCAUUAUACAGCAGCAUGGGGAUUGACACACAUGUUUGUGUUUGAAUUUUGGAUUGCCCCUAUUCAGAGGCUAGCUAAGGGGUUUCACACAAAGUAUGUAAAGACGGCUUUGUUUUCUUUUUUCAUAUUAAACAGUUACUACCAUGCAAUGGACUGGAAAGGGUUAUAGAGCAAACUGGAUUUCUUCUCAACUCAGGAAAACACUUUUUUGCAGAUUCUUUCUCCCCCUACAUUUUUGCCUGAACCAGAAAACAAAAGUUCAGGAUACCUUUUUACCCUUCUACUUUAUUGUGGUAUUUUUAUAAUACAAACACAUCACGUUUUAGGUGUUCAAAUGUUUUGAAGAGUCCUGUUAGAUUUGUAUUGGCUAGUUAAAUGUUCUUAUAACCAUAGUCUUUAUGUGAACCAUCCUUGUUUUUUUUUCUUUUUGUUAUACUAUUGGCCAAUUUGAGCCCUUGGGCACAUUGUGUACUCAGUGAGUAGGUGAGAUAUUAAAACCUGCUAGUGUCCCAAUAACAGCAAGAAGUGGCCGUCAGCGGUAUGUUUUGUUUUUAGUGUCAGUAUUUGUAUUUGUUUAUUGUACAAAGUGAACAUUUAGCAUUCAGAGCAGUUCAAAUAAAAAAAAAUACAAUUCUAAAAAAAAAAAAAAAAACUAAAAAGCAUUUUGUUGUUAGGUUUGUGUCUUCCAGCCGAAAUGUUGACUUUCAGAAUAAAAAGUCUCUAUCCGUUCUCUCUUGUUUAUUCCAGCGCUAUCUGCAAACACCUGUCUGUGUUCAGAAAAUGUGUCAGCCUUUUACAAAUUGUCUUCAUGAAGAGCUGAAGCAUGUCUGUAAUGUUGUUUUGGCACCUCAAAUAAGCAGCCACUGAGCUCUGUUGAUAUAACUGGUAAAAUGAUCCAUUCGAAUCAUGUAUUCCGGUAUCUGCAGCCAUAAUCGCAUAGUAAGAGAACAGUGAGUGAAAGAUUAUUCAAAUGCAAUCUGAAAAAAUACAUAGGAGGCUAGGAUUGAAUAAUAAAAUAAAAGUACAAAAUCAAGGCAGUUAUCAUAUUCACAAUGUAGUGUGUGACAGACAGACCGCUAAAUGAAGUGUAUAAUGUAUGUUAUAGUAAUACUUAACAUAAGACUUACUAGAUAGUGUACUUCUGAUUCUAUCCAUGUAACAUGUAUUUAUUAUACUUCUGUACGAACAUGGUAUUUUCAAGUUCACAUAUCUGUUCAAGAUUCAGACAUGUAUUUUAAUAUUUGUUCAUUUGCAAAACGUUAUCAAAGUCUAUGUAACACUGUAUUAAAGAUGGAAAAUAU